CCGCUUCGGAACUAUAAAAUUGUGAAAAGAUGAACCAGCUGUGCAAAGUAUGUGGCGAACCGGCGGCUGGUUUUCAUUUUGGAGCAUUCACCUGUGAGGGAUGUAAGUCGUUCUUUGGACGUACUUACAACAAUAUUGCCGCCAUAGCCGGCUGUAAGCAUAACGGCGACUGUGUGAUCAAUAAGAAGAAUCGCACUGCCUGCAAGGCAUGUCGUCUGCGUAAAUGUCUCCUAGUGGGCAUGUCCAAAAGUGGCUCACGCUAUGGUCGUCGUUCCAAUUGGUUUAAAAUCCACUGUCUACUACAGGAGAGCACGGGUCCAAAUGCUGGCAUUGCCGGUGGAGGCGGCGGAGGUGGAGGUGGAUCUCUUGGUGGUGGAACAACUGGAUCUAAUGCCAUAAGUAAUGCGAAUUUAGAACAAUUGGCUCGCCUACAGCAGGCUAGUAAUCAGGCACGACAAACGUAUCAGGAUAAGACAAAUCCCUGCAUUAAAUCGGCCACAACGGCUUGUUCCCUGCAGAGUGCACCCAUACAAGAGGCACGAGCCUCACCGAGUGCCUCGACAGCCAAUUUGCCUGGAUUUCUGCAGGCUGCCAAAUAUCAACAGCGACAGCAAUUAAAAGUCGAGUCCCGCCUCAGUAAUACACCCAGUGAUUCGGGUGCCUCAUCUGCCGGUGAUCCCACCGAUGAUGGGGCCACAAGUGUACUGAGCGCCACAACAACAACAUUGCGCAAAGCCCUGCGACAGGGCUGCUCGAGUAGUUUCCCAAACAGUUCCGAGCCGGGCGAAGAUUUGGUCCAGCAGCAGCGGCGUCAUCAGGAAUUGCUGGAGAUCUUUCGUAGUCAUUCGGAACCAUUGUACAGCUCGUUUGCACCGUUCACGUUGCCACCGGUCCUAUUGGCCGCUGGUGUUGGUGUUCGUGUGCCACCCCUGCCCCUAUUCAAGACCGAACUGAGUAGUCCCGAAUUGGAUGAACAGCCCAUUGAUCUCUCGCUGAGAUCAAAUCGAACAGAUGAGGCCAGUCCCGCUCAUUUGGGGAAUGCCUCAAAUAGUAGUCCCACCCUAAGUGAACCACCUGCCUCUGUUUCGAGCCAUUGUCUUGGUGAAUCUCUCAAUUUUGAACGUAAGCCAACGCCACUCGAUCUAACCCUAGUGAGAUCACAGACACUUACAGGCUGAUCUCUUAAGGUCAACUAAGGACCAGCAGAAAUAUUAACAUACAACAAGCUGAAAUAUUAAGAAAUCUUCAUCGUGAUUGCCUGAGAAUUCGAUUUAUAGUGCCAACAACAACAACAACAACAACAAGAACAAUUUCGAAUAUUUUAGGUUAGUAUAAUAGAGAAUAUGAUAGAUGAUGAGGUUAGGUCAAAAAAGUUCAAUGAGCAUAGAAAAACAGUUUCAAGCAUCGUCUAGAAUUUUGCAAAACUUUUCAAAUUUCUAUAGUCUUUAACGAAUUUCUAGCCCAAAUAGUUUUCCUUGGCAAAUAAUAAUAAAAGCUUUAGUCGGAAUACCAGGGUUUAGCUAUCUCAUAGACUUCAAAUGACUCUAUAUAUGUAUAUGUGCCAAGUAUAUGAUGAAUAUGAAUGUUCCAUAUUAUUUCCCCGAAAAUUGAGCCCACUCAUUGUCUCUUUCGAACUUGGCCCUAGCCUCAUUAUAAAAUCAGAACAACAGCAACAGAUUUCGGUGCCAGUAAAAAUGAUGUACAAAACAAAAUCAACAACUUUUUUUUUA